UUAGUUAGUGCAAAUUUGAAAAUAAAAUAACAGAUAGAUAUGUUGCUGAUAGUGCGUUGCUGUUUGAACAGUUUCAGACGAUUACGUUUUGGUGAGUGUCAUGUGAACAGCGUGUUUAGCGUCAGUCGAAGAAGUUACGUCGCGGAUAAACGAUUAAUAAAAAUAAAUCGUACGAUGAAUGUAAAACUAACUAAACACGAAACUUUUAAAUUCACCGACUACGAUUGCAUCGGCUUCGAUUUAGAUAAUACAAUAUGUAGAUAUAAAGUAUUGAAUAUGGUAAGGUUAGAAUACGAAGUAUUAUCUAUGUUUAUGGUGGACGAGAAGGGAUAUUCACCCAAAUAUUUGUCAUUACCCAUAGAAGAUGACAUAGACUUUAUGUUAAAAGGCUUAAUUUUGGACGUUUACAACGGUAAUGUACUUAGAAUUGACUCAAAUGCCCACAUCAUUCAUGGAAGUCAUGGUACAAAGCAAUUAACUAGAAAUGAAUUAAAGCAAUAUUAUGGGGAAGAUUGUCGAUGGCAUGUAACAGAUACAUUUGCAAAAGAUCCUUUACAUACCUGGAAUGGCCCUUUAUCAGAGCAAUUACGUACCUUAUUAGAUUAUUUUGAUAUGCCUGCUGGUUUAGUAUUUGCAAGGAUUGUUGAUACUUUGGAUGAGGAAAAUGGUAAUAAGAAACUUGAUAGUUACUCAAUUUGGCCGGAUAUUGUUGAAGCUUUAACUUAUAUGUUUAAAAAAGAACAUUUUAUGUUAGAAAAAGGUGGUUAUUUUCCAAAUAUGAAAAAUAAACCCGAGGAAUAUAUCCAUAAAUGCAGCGAACUUCUUAUUCAUUGGUUCGAAAAGUUAAGAUCUAAUAAGAAAGUGUUAUUUCUUAUCACCGGCUCAAAUGUUGACUUUGCUUCUCACACUGCCGAAAACGCAAUGGGAAAAAAUUGGAGAGAUCACUUUCAUAUCAUUAUAUUUUUUGCUAAAAAACCAGGAUUCUUUACAGAAAACCGACAAUUUAUUGGUCUCAAUGGGAUAGAAGAAACCGAUCCAGUACCCGAUGCAGAACUUAAACGGGGUAGUUCUUAUAGUUAUGGUAACUGGAAGGGUUUGUACAGCUUCUUAUCAAAAUCAUGUGGGAAAGAGAAUCCUAAAAUAGUUUAUAUUGGUGAUAAUAUAAUCCAAGACGUUUAUGCACCAGCCGUCCAUGGUCAAUGUGAUGCUGUAGCUAUUUGUGAAGAACUGGAAGCUGAAGGAGUUUAUGGACACAAUCAAUGUCAUAAAGAAAAACAUUUGUUGUCAUCAAAAACAUGGGGUUCCUAUUUCCAUCAUAAGGAGGCUGAGAAGGCCACCAUUUGGAAAGAAUUUAUUCGAAACCAUGCGAAAAUUUGCAUUCCAAAUUUAGAGUAUGUUGCAAAUUACCCUAUUGAUCAUGAUUUUCUAAAACCAGAUCAGUAAUUUAAUAAUUACAAUACACAUUUAAAUCAUUUAUGAUAUUGAUUUGCAAAAAAUACUGUUUUGUUAAUUUCCGUUUUGCCAUAGUAUUUAUUGUAAUUAAUAUUUUUGUUUCGUUUUUGUUUGAAUUAAAUUAUUUUUUUAUAAUCACGAAUAGAAUAAUUUAUGUUUUUUAUUGCUCGUUGUUUUUAUAAAGAGAUUAUGUUCAAUUUUUGAUAAUAAAUAAAUCCAUUAUAUCAUUC